UUUGCUUUCGCCUUUUGCACAGUAUCAGCCAUUGCAGAGUGAGAGAACUCAGAGGAGUGAGAGAAAAACGAUGCUUUUACGAAGCGCAUCAACGCCUAUUUUAAACUCAUGGAUCCCUUACACAAAAGAACCCUCUCCAGAGCCUGAAAUCUUACAUCAAACCAAUAAAACUCGAUCGCUUACUUUAACGGUUUAUUCUUCUUCUUCUUCAAGUCCAUUCUCUUCGGCUUCCAUUUCUCCUCGUGAUGAAUCAAUCAAAAAAAUGACCAGAGCUCUCUCUGAAACUGAUCUUAGACACCUUUCGGUGCCUAAGAAGAAACCCAUCAACAAAAUCAUGAAUGAGAUCACGGUCGAAGAGGAAGAGGAAAAAAAGUUGUCGUCGGAUUCUGGUUUGUCUUUGGGAUCUAGUGUGUUCAAUGAGGAGUGUGAGGUUUCCACGGAAGAAAAUAAUGGGUUGUUGGGGCUUUUGGUCGGUGGUGGUGUUGGCUGUGGCGGCGGGAAGAUCUAUGGCGGCACUGGCGGGAAUGGUGGAUCGGACGGUGGAGAUAAUGGAAAUUCUGGGUUUUGGGAUUCAAAUCGUGGAAGUGAUAGUACAGAUAUUUAUUAUCAGAAGAUGAUCGAAGCAAAUCCUGUGAAUUCUCUGCUUCUUAGCAAUUAUGCAAAGUUUUUGAAAGAGGUCCGAGGAGAUUUUUCAAAGGCUGAAGAGUACUGUAGUAGAGCAAUCUUAGUAAACCCUAACGAUGGAAAUGUUUUAUCAAUGUAUGCUGACUUGAUAUGGCAGAGCCACAAGGAUGCUGCUCGUGCUGAGACAUAUUUUGAUCAAGCUGUUAAAGCAGCUCCUGAUGAUUGUUUCGUGCUAGCAUCUUAUGCUCGGUUUCUAUGGGAUGCUGAAGAAGACGAUGUGAGGCAACAGGUAGAGGACAUGAGCAAAUCGUCCCCAUCAACUUUUUCCCAUGGAACAACUCCUGCUUUCCCACCUUUGGCUUCUGCUUCUUAAAUUUACUUCAAAUCUUGUAUCAUAGCUGGGAUAUAACUUCUGACCUUUGUUCAUAGAGUAUUUCUUUUUUUUUUCGGCCUUCCCCUCUGUCGAGAUGAGAGUUUUUCACUUGUUUAACGACUUCAUCUUUUACUCUCUUUUGUUGGUCCAUAUCAUGUAGAAAGGAAAAUAAGAAAUGGAAUAAAUUUUUAUUAGAAAACUCCUGUAUCUGUUUCUCAUGAAAUGCUUGACAGAAAUCAGCUGCAAUGGUAUUGGCUUGUAUUCACCAUAAAUUCUCUUGUAAUGAAAGACCGUGAACCUCCAUUAUACUAAAGUA